CUUCUCUAGGGUUUUCAAGUAUCUAUAUUUAUACGAAAAAAGUUUCUUGCAAUCACGGCAGACCCUUGCACGUAAAUCAUCUUCAACCUAGGACUAGGGUGGCCGCAUCCCAGAUCUCUACUCUUGUACGCUCAAGAGCUUCGCCGCCUAGCCAUAGCUUCCUCCCAAAAGCCACCUUCAGCCCCUCCACUGUGAUGCACUACGGUUGCACCACGCUACCGUACUGAAGCCGCUAGCAACCAUUACAUGUACACCACGCAACACCCGUUGCAGCACACGUAGCAACCGCCACCAGCGGCUGUUUAGCAACCCAGACGAGAUCCACCAGCGUACGAACGACCACCCAACUACACCGAGAGCCAAGCACGUCGGAAACCAUUGUGAGUCACCGCCUGCACCAGUUUCCUCAGCCACGGGAAACACCACACGGCAUGAGCAACCCACGCGUUGCAUGCUCUUCCCGCGUCCAAGAGCCACCACGGUGAUCACCUCCGCAAGCCCAACGCCUCCACUCACACAAACCAACGUACAGCACCUGUUUUUAGCAACCAAAAUAGAGCAUCUUUCUCCGUCGACCACCAUCAAAUCACAGAGCCCUUUCCGCAACUCCCAGCCGCCCCGCCUUCGAGUUGCACCACGCGUAGCCUCUUGGUAAGCUCCACCAUCGCAAGGUUUUGGGUAAGUCUCCGUCGGUCUCUCUCUCUCCCUCCCUCUCCCUCCUUUUCUCCGUGCCGUUUUAGACUAUGAUCUCCUUGUCAUAAUAUCAUAGGUAUUCUGCUGCAUGCCAUGGUUAUACAGAAGAAGAUGAGCGAAGGCAAGAAAACCAGAGGCCGACAAAGGAUAGAAAUCAAGGAACUGGCGGAUGAAAGCAAAAAACAGGUAACUUUCUCGAAGCGCCGUGCCGGCCUCUUCAAGAAAGCCGGCGAGCUAUGUGUCUUAUGUGGCGCGGAAGUGGCCAUCAUCGUGUUCUCUCCGCAUAAUAACGUGUUCUGCUUCGGCCACCCAGAUGUUGAAACUGUCCUCGAUCGCUAUCUCACUGGAAAUCAUGCAUCCUUCUCGCACAGUUCGUCUCUGCAUGAUCAGAACCUUAGUAACGUUAAUGUGCCAGCAGCGGAGUUCAUGAACAUACAAUAUGCGGAGGCGCAGGAGGAGUUGGAAACGGAGAAGAAGAGACUAGCGGAGAUAGAGGAGGAGGUGAAGAGGAGGAAGAUGGAGAACAAUGGCGAGUACUUGUGGUGGGAGGAGCCGCUGGAUGAGAAUAUGGGGUUGGAAGAGAUGGAGCACUACAUGAGUGCUUUGCAAGAGAUGCGAUGGAGAGUGGGGAGCAGGCUUGAAGAAAUUAGGAUGAUGAGAUCUGCUACUGCUAGCAUCAGUACUGAUGCUUGCGCCUGGGAUUGGGGAACCAUGUUGGUUUGAGGAUUAAUGGCGUCUUCCAUCGUUAUUCAGAUUUGGAGAUCAGGUAGUACUGAUGCGUGCAUGCCAGCCAGUAGUUUUGUACGUACGUUGGUCGAUCGCCAUGCAUAUAUAGAUCGAUCGUCUUGG